AUGAAUGAAUUUGACUCGAUAUCAUCACGGCAUGAAGGGCAUCACCAUACAGCUAAUGUCAAAUAUGGAUAUAUAGUCUUGGGGCUUUCGUUGCUCCAUGCAAUUGGUAUUUUCAUAUGUAAGAGCAUUUUCCAACUCCGAUGGACUACUCCAUCGAAAGGUAUGGGGUUGAUUAAAUCGCCACUUUUUAUUACCAUCGUUGCAUGGACUUUGAUUUUGAUAGGCCUUGGGCUUUUUCAUAUACAAUUGCCAGAUAAUUAUUCUACUUCUAUUAAGCGAUUUGGUAGAAUGUCCUACGCACUUUUGCCAUUUGAUAUAUUCCUUGUAUUAAGACCUAACACUAUUGGUCUCCGAUAUUUGGAAUUGAUUGAUUUGCAUAAGUGGAUGUCUCGGUUGAUAAUAGGGUGCGCCAUUAUCCAUGGAAUGGGCUAUUUUGUAAAAUGGAUAUUAGAAGGAGCCUUUUUAACAAAGCUGUUUAGAUUGUGGAAUUUUUUGGGGAUAAUGGUAUUCACUUUAAAUUUGAUUUUGAUUAUUAUUUCGCUAAGGUAUUUCCGAAGAAGGAUAUACCAGUAUUUCUAUGUGGUUCACAAUAUCACGGUCUGGCUAUUUGUGGGGUUGAUCAUCUUACAUGCCAGACCCGGUGUUGGAAAUUAUGCCAUCAUAUGUGCUGGCUUAUUGGGUCUCCAAUUAUUUGAAAGAUACUCAAAAUCACAUUCAAUAACAAAUUUAAAAGUCAUUUCAAAAGAAGGCUCUAACUUAGUAGUAGUAAGGAUACAACGGGAUCUGAAUCUCCCUGAUUGGUCUAGUGGAUCGCAUAUCCGUUUAACUUAUCCUUUAACUAAUUAUAAAGCAUGGAUUUUUCCUACACAUCCUUAUACAAUUGCAUCAUUAGAAUCGGAAUCUACAUUGGAUCUAAUCAUUAACAAAUCAAAUCGCUUUAUAUUGGAACCUCAAACAUCCUAUUCGUGGUCAGGCCCCUUCACCUCCUUUUCGAAAGAGCUCUUAACAACUAUUGAUAACGUCCAUAUUAUUUGUGGAGGCUCGGGUAUCUCAUUUGCCGUGCCAGUAUUCAAGAACCUAAAACUUAAGGCAUCUCAUGCUAAAUUAAUUUGGUGCGUUAAAAGUAAAAAUGAUAUACAUGUUUUACAAACUUUGAAUUUUAAGGAAGAGAUUACCAUCCAUAUAACAGGUAAUCUUCAAGACUCAACUUCUCUGAAUACAGUUUUUGAUGAAGAAGAUUAUGGGCUAUUAGAUUAUGAUAAUAAUGAAAAUUUUGAGCUUGAAUCCUUACCAUCUGCUGAGACUCCAUCUGAUGAUCCAUCUUCGCUGGCAUCAAUACCCCAUAAAGAUUCGAAAUAUAUCUUAAAUCAAGGUAGACCAAAUUUCGGAACCUCUUUUGAAUCUUUAGUCCUGAUAAACAAUUCUAACAAAUGGAUAAUUGCUUGUGGUCCGAAAGGUCUUGUAAAUAGUGUCCAGGAAUGGGCGAAUGAUAAUAAGAUUAAUUUUGUUUCUGAGAUAUAUGAAAUGUGA